UCCUUUAUUGGACUCGCGACGUUCCCGAUGCAGAUCCUUUCUUCGUCGACACACACAACAGUGAGACCUUAGGGUUUCUUCGAUCGAUCUUGGGAUCAACAACAAACAUCUUGAAUCUCAACGAGGUUGAUGAUCACGUCACGAUGAUGCUGCAUAUAUCCGGUUUCAUGGAGUCAAGCAGAGGGGAUAGUGGUCUGCAAGUGAAAACUUCUUAAUUUUAUCAUAUCCCAUCAGGUCGAAAUUCUUGAUGUUAGUUUUGAAUUGAAUUCCUUGAAGGACACCAGAUAGAAAGGUAGUAAUCAAAUGGAGCAAAGGUUCUGCUCUAGUUGGCUACUUGGCUUCCGUAUGGAUGGAAGAAAUAGUAAGAGAUUUUUUUCGUUAAUUUCUAAUUACAAAUAUGAUUUGAGUCUCUCUCUCUCUCUCUCUCUCUCUCUCUCCCUUGGUCUUCUUCAUUCGCUUUGUCAACGGCUCUCUCUUCUUGGCCGGCACUCUUCUAAAUGAUUUCUUUAUUUUCACCAUUUUCAUAUUAUAAGAAAGAUUCCUAUGUAGAAGAAGACAUACAUAAUACAUGUAUAUAAAAUUUGUUAAGACAAGACCAUGUCUCGUUUAUGGGUGAUAAGUCCUCCGCUCGCUCAUCACAAGUCUUCUUCUCUCCUCAGCCACCAGAGGUCAUCUCUCUCUUUCUCUCUCCCCCUCCCAAUGCAUACUUGAUUUAUUGAUAUACUUAUAAAAUCUUAACUAGUUCUGUGAUAUGUAAAUGUAAUUAAUGAUCAUACACUUUAAUACUAGCUUGUGUAACAAAAACUCCCAAGUAUUACUGAAGUAACCACCUUUUGUUCACCUCUGUCUGCAAAAAUUUAUUUAAGAGGUAGUUGAUUUUCCUUCAACUCUAAACGUAUUGGAAAUGGCCGAAAUGAUGGAAGCGAUAGGCAGACCCGGAGGCAAUAAGUGGGAUGAUGGAUCGGACCAUGAUGGUGUUUCCAAGAUAUAUGUACGAGUUGGUUCAGAGGGCAUUCAGACCAUCCAUUUGGAAUAUGUGAAGAGUGGACAACUGAAAAGGGGAAAACUCUUUGGUGUUUGGGAUAGAGGUUUCACACAUACGAUCGAGAUUGACAGUCUUAACAAUGAAUAUCUUGAAUCUGUUGAGGGUUACUACGACGACAAAUCUAAUGUCAUUCAAGCACUUCAAUUUAAAACUAACACAAAAACUUCUGAGCUGCUAGGCUAUAAUAAUAAGGGUAAGAAGUUUUCACUCUUGCAAACAAGGGAAAGAAAAUCAUUGGGUUUCAUGGACAUGUUGAGAAGAACCUCAUUUCUCUUGGAGCAUAUUUCGCCGUUGUUUCUGUUAGUAAAUCAGUCUUGCACGGUGGUAUUGGUGGCCGUUACUGGGAUGAUGGUGUCCUUUACCGAUACUGCAAGAUUGAAUGGCAAAGCGGGUGCUUCUUCAUACUCUGCUGCGUCUAAGUCCUGAAGAUGAGCACUUUUGAAGAAUCUUGGGAGGAUAUAUUGCCUUACGGGUAUUAUAAACAUGAUCAUUAGAGGGAACAUAACUCCAGCUAUUGGGAUCCACGUGAGACCAAAGCAGGUUAAAAGAUAAGUUGUUUGGAAAAUAGUGAACAUUGCAAUCGUUUUGAAUGGAACAGUUUCCACAAAUGUUGCGUUGUUAUCUUCAAGA